AUUUGACUUCUGUGUAUGUGUGCUUUUGUUUUGUUUUUAAAGCCUCCAAUCCAGGUUUAUGGAAUGGAAGGUCGCUAUGCUACUGCUCUCUACUCUGCUGCUUCUAAGCAGAAGAAAUUGGACCAGGUAGAGAAAGAGCUUAGUCGAGUAUCGACACUUCUGAAGGAUCCCAAAUUGUCUAGUGUUGUCCUGAAUCCUCAUAUAAAGAGUGUAAUUAAACAAAAAACUGUAAAUGAUAUUUUAGUAAAAGAGAAAUUAUCUCAGAUCACAAUCAACUUUAUGAAAGUGCUGGCUGAAAAUGGUCGCUUGCAACGGACUCCAGAUGUAAUUUCUGCUUUUGGAAAGAUCAUGAGUGCGUACCGUGGAGAAGUGCUCUGCUCGAUCACCACUGCUAACCCCUUGGAUCAGGCCAGCCUCACUGAAUUAAAAACAGCUUUGGGUGGCUUCUUGGCUAAAGGAGAAGUCUUAAAACUGGAGACCAGGACUGAUCCCUCAAUCCUAGGUGGAAUGAUUGUCAGCAUUGGGGAUAAAUAUGUUGACAUGUCAACAAAAUCCAAGAUUCAGAAACUGACCAGAAUCAUGAAAGAUACUGCUUAACAUCUUAUCCAACUGUUUUACACAGUGAACAUGUCAAUCUAUGGAAACAAUAAAAUAUUUCUCCUUCAAUA